AUGUCGAACGCGAUGGAUAAAGCGAUGAUGGCUUUAUCUUUAAAUGAGGAAGAUGCACAGUUUGAGAUGUCCAAUCUCCCCCAGUUUCGAUCUUCGGAGAGGAACGUUCGGAGUCUGAUUGGGCGAAUUCUCAAUCCAGAUUGUCAGAAGAUGUCAAGAUUAAUUCAUGAGAUGCCCAGGAAGUGGCAGAAGGAAGGAAGGGUUCGAGGUGUGGCGCUAUCGCAAGAGAGAUUUCAAUUUUUCUUCGACAAAGAACAGGAUUUGCUCGAUGUCUUAGAGAAGGGAGUUCAUAUUUCUAAUGAAUGGGCGCUCGCGAUUGAACGGUGGGUAGAAAAUCCGCCAGCGGAUUAUCUGCAGUUCAUCAAUAUCUGGGUUCAGAUACGAGAUAUCCCUGUGAACUAUUACACCGAGAAGGCGAUUACAGCGCUAGGGGAAAAGUGUCUCGGGGAAGUUAAAGUGGUGGCUUUCGAUCCUGAUAGGCCACAGAUACAUGACUAUGUGAGAGUCUUGGUGAGGUUUGAUGUAUCUCGUCCUCUGAGGAAGACUAAGGUGAUCAAUCUACCGGAAGGAGGAACUGCUACGGUUCGCUUUAACUAUGAAAGAAUUCAAAAACGGUGCUAUGAGUGUCAGAGAUUGAAUCAUGCAAAGGAGGUGUGUCCUAUACUUGUGAGACAGCGAAGAGAGUCAGCACUAGAAAGAAGGCCGAAGAUUCUUAAGGAGAAAGCUGAUGCGGAGAGACUUCUACAGCCUCAAGAUCCUUUAUAUGGUGUCCUCUCUGAAGCUCAAGUAGGGAUUGACCCUCAGACAGGAAGGAGAAGGAUAUCGGAAGAAGUGUUGGAAGAAAUGCGCAGGUAUCUUUUGAUGGCUACUGAGGAGGAUCGCUUGGUUAGAAUUGAUCGCAUUCAAUCAUCAAUUGCGGAGACAGAGAAGGAUCCUAUGCUCCAAAAAACGGUGUUGCGUUUAGAAGCUCCUCCAGUGUUUACCAAGGACAUUGAGAAAGGGAAAGGUAGAAUUUUUGACUUUGAUCUGAAUGAAGCGGCAGCAUCUCGGUAUCAUGGGAAAGGAGGUCAGGGAGAAGGGAAGCUCAUGGCUUCAGCUUUUAGAGCCUUCAGAAGCGAGGAGCGAGCUGGCCCCGUGGAGAGAGUGAACGUUGAUCAAAGGCUCAGCAAUCAAGAUGCAAAUAAUUGGAAGAUGGCGAAGACGUGGUCAAGUACAGCAUCAGAUAGAGCAGAGCCGCUUAAAAGAUGCAGGUCUUUAGGUGACAAAAGAAAUCCAACGGAACAUGGUUUUGAAUUCUCUUCUUCACUACCAUCCGGGAUUUGCAGGAAGCAGACAAAACCUAGAAGAAGACCUCAUAUCCGUAAAAGGCAAGCAUCUAAGGCGAAAGGAUCUAGUGCUCUUCAGGACCUCUAUGGCAAGGAGGGCAGUGGCUCAGGUGUGGGGUCCAAGCGAAAAGGACAGGAAGCAGCAGUAGAUACUCAGAUAGCAGGGAAGAUGAAGGUAGCAAGGGUGAUCCCGCAUGAGGGAUCGCCGCGAUCCCAAUGA